GACUAGUAUUUUUCACUAAUAGGCUUAAAGCAAUGCACUGGAGGCAGGAUAAAAAUAAUAAGUUUAUUAAAGUUGUAUUGAGAGAAUAAUCUGAGGGAUGAAAUGUACAGGUGAGUUAGUUGAAAUAGGGUGCUGCUGAACACUAUCAUUAUUAAAUAUUAAUUAAGCAUUAGUAAUUUGGAUGUUUAAUAUUCCAUCUGACUAAAAAAAUAGGAAGCAUAGUGAGAGACUGGUUUUCAGAUAUAUCUUGAGAUCUUUAAAGGCCUUAGACAAGUAAGGGUCUAGCCAAAGAAAAUGAGAGCAGGGACAAGAGCUUGUAAAUAGUAAGAGUAAAAUGAGUAGUGAAGUUAAGAAAGUCAGGGAAUCUUAGGUAUGAAAUUCCCUUCUGUUAAGAACAGGAAAAACAGUCUUAUGGAUGUUGCAAAACUGAUGAAGUAGUCAGUGCAGCCUUUGUUCAGUUUUCCUUGAAAGGCUGUAGUCAGAUAUUUGCUAAAACUGAAUAUAUUACUGGAAUGCAAUCAGAGUAAUACUUCUUAAAAAAUAAUAAAAGAGAGAAAAGUCAGAUGAUCUCUGAUCUCCUGAAGGAUUCUGAGGAGGUGGUUUGGAAAUGGAAUUUGUCAGUAAGUAGAGGACAAUUACAAAAUCAGUGUGCACACAGGAACUAUUCUAGUGUGAUUUGUUGAGAGUAGUCUGGAUCAAACUUUUUUUUACAGUAGCCAAUGCACUUAAUAAGGAGGGAAUAUGAGGAGUCUGUCUUGAGUUUUACAGGAUUUCUGCCAUUGUUCAAGCUACUGAAGUGUGCUCUAAAAAUAAUUUGUUUUAAAUAACUUUUUUUAAGAACUUUUGAAUCUGACUUACAAAUUCCUCACUUUUAAACAGGAGUGUCAUGAAACGUGCUCCUGGAGAGUUCAGUUUUGGGUGUAUUUUCACUGUUCCUGUAAUGUGGAAGACAAAAUUGGAAGGACUGCAAGCACUGUACAGCUAAGGGUUGGAAUUAAAAACCUUCUUGAGAAGCUUGGUAGCAGGCUGGAAAUCAGUGUAACUAAGCUCAGUUAACAGGAACUGAGGGAGGAAGAGAACACAGGAAUAAAAAUCAAAGGCCUGGUUAGUGGAAAAAGUGUCAGUGAACAGCAGUGAACCUAAAAAAUACUGGGCAUUUAUACUGCAUUUGAGUACUGUAGUGCAUAGUAAAACCAAUAUUAAUUAAAAAUUAUGUUCUUUCAACUAGCCAGGUGUUGCUUUGUCACAUUAACAAGUGUGAGUAAAUAUAAAGACAAGGGAAGUGAUUACUCUGCUGAAAAAGGGCCUUAGCUAAAAUUGUCUUUUUUUUUGAAACAAUGGUGCUGAAUACCUAGACUCUGCAAGAAUAUUAAGUUUAUUAAACUUCAUGAGGGGAGCUUGAAAGGCAUAGACACUCUAGAAAAUAAGAAACUAAGAGCAAGUUUGACGAGUUCCCUCACAUCAAUAGAAGGGUUGUUAUGUAAAGGCCAGUGAUUAUCUAGUCUUUGAGUUCUCUGUUGAUCAAGAGAUGCUUGUUUUUAGAAGGUGAUACUUGAUUUGGAUGCUAAAGAAAAACUUUUAGGUUGAUGAAAUCUGAAGCUGGGUGUCCACAAAUUUCUUGCUGGAGAAGUAAAUGUCUGGACAGACAUCUCUCAGGCACAGUCAGGUCUCUCAAGGGCCCUUACAGAAAUGACUACCCCAAACAAGACCCCACCUGGUGCUGAUCCAAAGCAGUUAGAGAGGACUGGCACUGUUAGAGAAAUAGGCUCACAAGCAGUUUGGUCUCUCUCAUCCUGUAAGCCAGGGUUUGGAGUGGAUCAGUUACGAGAUGAUAAUCUAGAAACUUACUGGCAGUCAGAUGGAUCACAGCCUCAUUUGGUGAACAUCCAAUUUAGAAGAAAAACAACAGUGAAGACCUUAUGUAUUUAUGCAGACUACAAAUCUGAUGAAAGUUACACUCCAAGCAAAAUCUCUGUCAGAGUAGGAAAUAAUUUUCAUAAUCUCCAGGAAAUCCGGCAACUGGAAUUAGUGGAACCCAGUGGCUGGAUCCACGUUCCUCUAACAGACACUCACAAGAAGCCCAUUCGCACCUUUAUGAUCCAGAUUGCUGUUCUAGCGAAUCACCAAAAUGGAAGAGACACUCACAUGAGGCAAAUCAAAGUGUACACCCCUGUGGAGGAGAGCUCCAUUGGAAAAUUUCCCAGAUGUACAACAAUUGAUUUCAUGAUGUAUCGCUCCAUCAGAUAAAAUUUCCUCAUGAGGAAUAAUAGAGGUAUUUCUUCAUGACCAUAUCAUUGUUAAAGUAUUCAGAUACUUAAAGAACAGGGUUUACUUCCGUGUAAUUAUAUCUUUAUGAUUAUACUUUGUACAGUUUUGAAAUAAAGAUAAUUUUGUGUUACAG